AAAACACGCGGCUUACUUAGAUUUAGAACAAAGUGUAAACAUUCCUUAGUUUUUGAAACACAGUCCUUAUUUGUGUGCUUUCACUUGAAAAUGAACGCUUAGCGAAGUUUCAUUUGGCUUAAAAGACCCAAAACUUAGCCUGUCACCUGUGGUUUUAAGAUACUCAAAUGGAGAAUUUUGUGUUGUAUGAAGAGUUGGGAAGGGGAGACCACUCCAUUAUCUAUAAGGGACGGAGAAAGGGCACUAUCAACUUUGUGGCAAUCCACUGUAUUGAGAAAUGCAAAAGACCGGAGGUUACUAACACGGUACGCAUGACCCAUGAUAUCCAGCACCUUAAUGUUGUCAAGUUCUAUGAAUGGUACGAGACGAGUAACCAUCUGUGGCUGGUCGUGGAGCUGUGCACCGGAGGUAGUCUGGAAUACCUCAUAACCCAGGAUAAAAAUGUGCCAGAAAGCUCUGUGCGGACAUUCGGUAUAGACCUUGUUACGGGGCUUCAUUAUAUACACUCCCUCGGGAUACUGUUUUGUGAUCUGCGACCUUCCAAGAUUCUGCUAGAUGGCCCAGGAAUUCUGAAGUAUGCAGAUUUUGGGCUUGCGAAAGUGGAAGGGGAAAACCUAGAAGAACUUUUCCAGAAGUUUGCGGACGCUGGGGAAACCUGGAACACGGAGUCCGACUUCGCAGAUAAAAGAUCCAGGACAGCAGGUCACACCAAUUACAGCGCCCCAGAGGUUCUGCAGGGUGGAGAAAUAUCCAUCCUCAGUGAUUUAUGGUCCCUUGGCUGUACCAUGUACGAAAUGUUCACAGGCCACCCGCCAUUCCUUGCCGAGUCUUACCCCCAGCUUGUCGACAAGAUAGUUAAUAAGGAGUUCCCUCCCCCUAAAGUCAAAGGUACAAGGUUUUCAUCUAAACCCUCUCCAGAUUUUUUGAGCUUGAUAGAAGGGCUGUUACAGAAGGACCCAGACAAAAGGCUGGGAUGGCCGGGACUCGUUACACAUACUUUCUGGCAGGGAAAACUAGCUCACCUAGCCAAGGAUUUGGUUAUGUCGCAAGAUGUCCAGGGCAGCAUGGCUACCACAGCUAGAAGCAGUGUGUUUGUGGAUGGGACGGGCUCGGUGUUGGGGAAGGUGAAGAAUGUUGAACUCACAGACCGACCCACGACCACUCAGCAGCCUCACGAUGAAAGUCUUUCAAGACCAGGCACUGCAGGUGGUGACUUUCUUCGCCCAAAGACAGCACCAAGUGAUGAUGGCGGGGCUAGUCUCUUCACACUGAGUGCAAGGCCCCAUACUGCUGUACCGCCAGAUGACAGUCUACGAGUGAACUCCCCUUACAAGCAACACGCCUCCCCACUUUCGACCCGGGAGCCAGUGGGAAUAGGAAAGGACACAUCAGAACUCCUGCAGACCAAGAAUGAGAUACUGAACCUUGUUUACCACCCGUCAGAUUUCUCAAUGUCACCUAUUGUGGAUAACCCUAAGGUCCAGAGACCACCCACAGCUAAAUACGACGCCAAGACCUUGCCAGUGAAUCCGAUAUCUCCGGAGAAAUUCUCCUCGCUGCCAGAGAAGGACCAGACAAGGCAUCUGAAGGCUCUGCUGGACAACAUCAGUACAUCAGAGAAAGGGCCGCCUUCACAGAAAAGAAUUCAGGUGUACCAUUACAUGGCCGCCCUGUGUAAUUGUAAGGAGGCCGCCACCUACCUGGCCAACAACAACGCCUUCAGUGUCCUGACCAAACAGCUGAAGGAAGUCACUCAUGCCGAAGUGCGUGUAAAGAUUGCCCGGGUUAUUGGGCUGAUGGCAAACAACACAACUACACUGGAUGAAUCUACCAAAGUAUCGGAGGCAUUGACAAUAAUAACGGAGGUGUUUCGCGAGAAUCUCAAGAACACAAGGGUAAAACAAGGCCUCCUGCCCGCCAUGGGGGAACUCGUGUACCUGGUGGCUUCACAGGAGGAGAAGCAGUUGUCCGCUAUCGAGAACUGGAACAUACCGUCCAUGACGUUUGCUGUCAUCUCCCGGAGCUGUAGAGAUGGGGAGGAUGCCUUAAUACACCACAUAGCGGCAAAGAUAGUUGAGAACGUUGCCACGACAACUGGUCAGGUGACCCAGAAAUUGGUAACCACGGAGAUGGCUCAGUCGCUAUGGUACAUCUUCAAACAUUCCUCACUAGAUGCACUGAGGAUCACUUCAUUGUCAGCCUUGCACAGGAUCACCAAACACAACCCGGCAGUUUUCCAAUCCGUCAUAGACACGGUUGGGUUGUCUACCUUACUUUCUGCAUUGUCAUUUGGAAUCAGCAGAAUCCAGCAGUCCAUUGUUACGAUGUUUGCUACACUGAUUGUCUCAGGAUCGGCUGUGAACAGGCUUACACAGGAUAGGGACUUCCUGCAGAAGAUUUUGCGGCUGUUGGAAAGUCCGUCCACAGUUAUAAGGGGAAAGGCCUUUAUUGUGAUUCAUGAAAUGGCAAGAAACAACCAUGAUGUCCUGCUCCAAAGUUGCCAACUUAGGCUUGUUAUGUACCUAGAGCGGGAUUGUCGACGCCAGACACCGAGGGACACAAAAACUGACCCUGGCGAGAUUGAAUACUUGAAUCAGUGUCUGGAUCUGCUAAUAUCGUACAUAUGUGACGCGGUUCCACGAGUUAUGGACGACAUUUUGGGGGCCCUUGAUGCAGUAGCGGGACGGAAACACCCAAACAACGUACAGGCCAAGCAGUUGAAGCUGGCAUUGCCACUCGUCCAUAUAUUUCUGCAUCUGGUGACAAGCCAGGUAUUCCGUCCACGUAUAGUUAAUGAAGGAUUUAUUAAAAGCCUGGGAAAACUACUGACCCAUGUGAAGAAAAUUGAAAAUGGUGAAACCAACAUCGAUUCCACUAAUGGUGUGAUCACAUCGUCAGAGUUUGUGAACACGGUAAUGUCCGUGGUGGAAGGCAUUACCCAGCAUCCCACACUGCUUAUGGAACAGGGCAUUGUCGUCAUGGAAAACAUUCUACCCACACUUGCAGAGUUGGUUGUUAGCCAAAAUGGGGACACGAGGGUUUUAUCUUUGAGCCUGUUCUCAGAGAUGGCGACUGUGUUCCUCACCCAAGACGCUGUCGCCACUACUGCCAAGAUUGACACCAAGAAACUGCACGCAAUCAUUGGGGAGAAACUGUUUCCACAUUAUGAACAGAUCCUACUGGACCAAGAUCCUCUGCCCUUCUACGGUCUCAAACUGCUGCUCGCCCUUCUGGAAUCGAAUGGCGGCUUCAUUAAGCAGUUCCAACAGCUGGGCCUCGUCUCCGUCAUCUUCCAAGUUCUUCUGGAUCAUCAAAACAAUCCACUAAGUAGCGCCAUGCAGAGUAUAGCCGGCAUUCUAAACUGUCUGGUCGGACAUAAGGAAACUAACAUGAAAGAAUUGUACGAACAAGGCCUUAUAGACUACUUCACGACCAUCUUCUUUGAGGUUUCCGCAGCGUGUUUUGAGGGUGAAGAAAACACGGGGGUUGACAGCAAAGUGGUUCUCUCCAUGUUACAAACCUUGCUGGAGACGCUGCAUGGACUGCUAAAGUAUGUGUCUGACUUUGUGAGGAAGGCUCUACAGGUCGGUCAGCAGGCCAAGAAGGCAGGAGGGGAGGGAUCCAGCAAGGAAACAGAAGAUGCCGAACACCUACUGUUACAGAACAAGGCCCUCACAGACCUGACCAGUCUCCUAACACAAUUGUUAACCCAUGAAGACGCGGAUAUUCAAGACCCGGCGUGUAAAUGUCUAUCCCUGCUGGUACAGCUGUUUGGUGGUGAACAUAAGGAGGCUUUGAACCCAGAAAACAUGGAUUUCUACAGUAAGGCUUUGAAGAAGGCUGAUGCAAAGAAACAGAAAGUCUUGUUGAGGAUUAUUAAAAGAUUGGUGAGUACGGACAAGACGCACAGAGAGUCCAUGAGAGCCCAUGGUGAAUUGUUGGCCAACACCAUUAAGAAUCUUGUCAAAACUGCAAGUUCCCACGCAGACGUGUCACUCUCAUCCCUGGCAGCGGAAAUACUGAAAAUGACUGGCCACCUCAAAUGAUGGAAUAUCUUCCAUAUAUAUUUAUCUAUACUAGUACUGUUGUGACAUUGUCUUGAAUUAAAUAUAUGCUUGCUAUUUUCACAAGAUAUCUGUACCAUUGUUGUUGUCAACUUGUCAGAGUAUAAUAUGCUGCAAGUGAAUUGUAUAAAACUGGUUAAGUCUUUGGUUAGGUUAAAGUUGGCCAAAAUAUUUGUUGAUUCAUGGUCAAUAUUUAUCCAAAAAUCAAUGUUAACCAAUGAAAUCAUUUAAAUAUGCAACCUAGCCUGAAGAUAACCUGUGGGCAACUUAUCCAUGUGUUAUACAAUUGGCCGGUUGUAGAGGAACAUGAAGGAUAGCUGUUCAUGUUCUAUUUAUGAAAAUUGUUGUGUUGGUUGUAAUGUUCUAUCAAAUUUACAUUUUACUGCAAUGAUCCUCUGAUGAGGCACAAUAUUUAGAAAAAAAAUGUCAGAUUAAGAUUUUUCUUUCAAGUUGUAAUGUUUUCUGUAAAAGUUAUGUUUACUGUAUGUUGUUUAAUAUUCUUUUAUUUGCAAUGUUAAAGGCAUAUAUAUGAUGGAAACACAACUUUCAUGAUAUAUUUAAAUAAAUGUAUACAUGCUACUUUGUUCCUGAGUUAGUGAUAGAUGUGCUAAGAAUUUUGUCUAAUAAAGUAUGA